AUGCUUUGCAACUGGUGUCAAAACGAUCGUCAGGUGGUUUUCUGCGAAGGAUGUGAUAUGUACUUUUGCGACAAUUGUUGGCAGAUCCUUCCGCACCACAAAACCAACAAGCCCGGACCCGGCGGGAUCCCUCACAGUAAAUCCGACCCUCGGAUCGUCGAAAAGGUGAAGCAGUGGAUGGCUGAACCUCAGAAUGAAGAAGAUGAACAUGAACAACACGAGAAUGACGAGGACUCCUUGUGGUUUGGUGUCAGCAAAGACGGGGAAGGCAACCCAAUCCUGGAAGUUUACCGGCGCUAUGCGGCCAUAAUGAUGGACACCUUCAAGGAAGGAUUGCCAAAUCGAUAUCCUGGACUUGUGUCCGUCGUUGGCCAAACAGGUGCGGGAAAAAGUACACUGAUACGCCUACUCAUCGAUCCGGUGAAUCAUCCAACUUCUGUUGAGGAGUCUGGAUCGGUGGCUGUGCCGAUUCUAGGACGCAGUGACUGCGAUGUUCCGACAUCAUCUGAUGUCCAUCUCUAUAUCGAUCCCAAAACGCAAAAGAGCGACAGACCAAUACUACUCGCAGACUGUGAAGGCUUCGAAGGAGGGGAAAGAGACCCAAUUGCGCAGGCUGUCACAGUUGGAAGACACCAUGCAUCGGCAAAAGGCAGACGAUCACUCUCCCGUGUCGCCCGUGCCUCCAAGAUAAACUUGAAGUGGGCAUCUAGAAAGACACCCGACCACGAACGAACCAGCAAACGCCAAUACGCCGUGACUGAGAUGUAUCCUCGGAUAUUUCAUGCAUUCUCCGAUGUCAUAGUCUUUGUCUUGAAUAAUCCAAAGACAUUAGAGGACGUUUUUGAAAAACUGUUGAAGUGGGCGCAUGCAAACCACUCGGCCUCCAUCAAUCUCCCGAGCAAACCACAUGCUGUUAUUGCCAUCAACAAAUCAAGCAACUCCACUCCCAAUAGUCAUUGGAGCAGUGCAACCGCGACAGAUGAGGCAUUCAAGUCCAUGGACGCACAGCUUCAGAAGAACAAAACAUUUCAGAAGUAUGCCGCGCAACUAGCAGGUCGCAGAGAAAUCGAUAACCUGCGCCAAUUGUUUGAAUGCUACUAUUCCAGCGUCCACGUCGUGCGUCUCCCAGACAAGAGCAGGUACGAGCUGUUACAUGAGCAGCGAGAUGUCUUGUACGAAACCAUACAAGACUGCUGCGAGCAGUCAUACAGAAAGAAGAUGUUCCGAGGGAUGCUGCCAGAUGUCGACCAGUUCUGGCUGUAUCUCUCGCUCGCAUUCAAUCACUUCUCCGAAACCCUUGAUGAGCCUUUUGACUACGUCAAAGCAUCGUUGAGACAUCGACCACCGCCGGACACUUUGAGGGACAAUGUGUUGGAAUUCGUUCUUCUCGUAGGCAAGAAGACAAAUCUUGAAGUGGAAGAGCUUUUCGCAAAGGUGACCGGGUUCAUUGCCUCAUGCAUUAUGCUUGACUCGGCAAGAAAACAACGUCAAGAGUAUCCACGAAAGCAAGAAGCAGAUUCGUACAAGAGUCUGUGCAGUUACGUCGUUCGAAGAUAUGUCAAUACCAAUGUGCAGUGUCAGUACAAGCACGAGGGACUUUUCCCCUGGCGUUGCGCACUGUACGCGGGAACCCACGACGAAAUGCAUCAGGGCUCGGCCGCGAUAGGCGUCACGCGGCAGAUUGGUGGUACCUUCAAACACAAAUUCAGUCCCAAGGUAUAUUCUUGGGAGAACCGCAUUGAGCAGCAACUGCGUGAGCUACACGACUCUGGCGAGUGGCGGACGAAAGAUUUGUCAGAUCGUACACGCGCGCACUGCAGAGCAGUGAAAAGUUUCUACAGCCAGCUGGGAACUGGCCUAAGCAAGCUGACCAGUAACUCAAUCUGCCUGUGUUGUUUGUUCAACCUUGCCCAGUUUCGGCUUCGAUGCGAACACUUCAUAUGCUUCGAGUGCGCAAUGGAGGUGGGCCACUUUGAAGGCGGCAAGACGCGGAUACGGGUCCAGUGUCCGAUUGAUGGUGGUGAAGUCACAACCAUUCAUACCAACCCCAUACACUCGGGUUUGAGGGUGCUCACUCUUGACGGUGGCGGCAUUCGCGGAAUUGUUGAACUUUGCACUCUCAGAGCGAUUCAGACGAGGUUGGGAAAAGUUCCGCUGCAGGAGUUUUUCGAUUUGCUUUCACUAAUAAAAAGAAGCACCGGUGGGAUAAUCGCACUAGCUUUUGGACAUCAGCGGCUUCCCGUCGACAAAUGCAUUUCCUUGUUCCGAGACCUGGUGAAGGACGCUUUUACACCUCGCAAGGGCCAAAAGCUCUACGGCAUUCGAUACAUUGAAACUAUGCUGAAGAAGAGCAAGUACAGGACCAGAACCCUUGAAGAUGCGCUGAAAAGGGCUCUUGGUGAGGAGCCUCUUUUUGGACCAAUCGACCCAGACGUGCGACCCCUGAAAGUGGCUGUCACAGCAACGACUGAAGCCGGCAGACUUCCGUAUUUGCUGUCAAACUACAACAUGGCGACAAGCUCAUUGAAGCGAAGUGCCAUUGAAUAUAGAAGAGACAGACCGGAGAGCCCGGACGAGGAGGUCCGGGUAUGGGAAGCUGCUCGCGCUACUUCGGCUGCCCCAGGAUACUUCAAACCUUUCGAACGGUCCUUUGUAGAAUUGAUGGACGGAGGAAUUCUUCACAACAAUCCGAUCAACAUCGCCAUGGAAGAAACGGCAAAAAUUGCCUUUCAAGAAAACCUGAACCAAAGACCAGACAUUGUCCUAUCUCUUGGAACAGGCAUGCCGUAUGAAGGUCUUCGCCGAUCCCGGUCAUCUGCUGCGCCCACGGGGCAGGAGAACCAAGAAAGACAACGGACUAGGGUGCCAUUCGCCAAAACACUUUUCACCCUGAUCAGCUAUCAGAUCAAACUCAACUUGGAUGCACAAAGCCAAUGGGAGAGAUGGAUGAGUAGUUUUUCUCAUCCAGAUGAUGGUCAGCUAUUUCGCGUCAAUCCAGACUUGAGAAAGGAGCCUCCAGCAAUGGACAAGGUGGAAGAAAUUGAACCAUUGAUACAAAGUGUCGACGGCUGGUUAGCUCAAAACAAUGACAUUGACGACAUAGCUCGUACCCUCGUCGCGAGCUCAUUCUACUUUGGGCGCGUUGGCAAUGCAGAAAGAGGCUCGAGGACUGGCGUACAGUUACGCGGGUUGAUAUACUGUCGACUGUCAGAGAACGCUGACAACAUCAAAGCACUCGGUGAAUACCUGACUCGCUCGGGAAACCCUUAG